AUGAAUGAUUAUAUUCUUGCAUAUGCUUUAUCUUUUUCCUUUGCUAUUCUGAUGCAAUGGUUUUCUAUAGCUAGUUCCACAGCUGUUCCUCACAAGGAUAUUGAUACGAUUACAUUCAGUACUGAUGGAAUAGAAAUGCAUGAAGACGUUGGUCAAGAAGCAAUUUAUUCAAAUUCUUCAGUUACCUUCUUUGAAGUUGCUUAUUUUUCUCAUUUUCAAAUUCCAAAGACUGUGGUUGAUGAUCCUAUUAAGUUUCCAGUUGUUGGACGAAUUCUUGAUGUCAUGCUUCAUUUGGUGGCAGACUUGAACCCUGAUUUGCUUCCAUACAUGAAAAUAUUGGGUGUUGAUUCUCAUGUUUCUACUACUAAGAAAGCUAAAUCAAAGCCAAAAUGGGUUGCAAUUAAGGAUUCAUUUGCUGAAGAACAACCCAAGAAACGAAAAGCAACCGAUACUACUCUAAACAUUGAAGAAGAAGAAGAAGAACGUGUUGAAUUUGUUGAUAUUGACUUCAACUCUGAGGAAGAAGAUGUAGAAGAUCAUGCCAUUAUGUCUGGCAAGCAGUAUAAGAUUCUCCAUUCUAAGAUCAACAUGAUUUUCCAGUUUCUCAAUGGUAAUCCUGUCUACAAGUAUGAUAUAACUAAUGUGAAGAAUGUUGCUUGUGAACGGCAUGAGUUGACAGAGAAGGUUCUACAAUCAUCCAUUGAGUCAAUGGAAUUCAAAUUUAAGGGACUUCAUGACUUUAUUGUUAAAGAAGUCACAAAGAUAGAUGGUUUUUGCACAAGAAUAAAGAAGAAUGUUUAUGUUCUUUUGUCUACUACUUGCAAUUUGAUAGAAGAUAUUUAUGCGUUUAAUGUUGAAUACAAGUAG